AUAAACCGAACAAAACGAAGCCAAACCAAAUUAUCAGCAACACACACACAUCACUGUCUCCCUCAUUGCCAAUAAUCUCACAAACUCAACCAUGGGCAACGACAAUGGCGAGGUUCACGUACUAUUCUUCCCCUUUCUUGCAAACGGCCACAUCAUACCCUGCGUUGACCUUGCCAGAGUCUUCGCCUCAAGAGGAACCAAAGCCACCAUAGUCACCACUCACCUCAACGCACCUCUCAUCACAAGAACCAUCGGAAAAGCUACCAUCAAUAUCAGAACCAUCAAUUUCCCUUCCCCUGAAGUCACUGGCUUGCCGGAGAAUUGCGAGAAUUCCGAGUCAGCACUCGCCCCAGACAAAUUCUUCAAGUUCAUGAAAGCCCUCGUACUGCUUCAGGAGCCACUGGAACAGGUGAUACAAGAAGAGCACCCUGAUUGCGUGGUCGCCGACAUGUUCUUCCCAUGGGCAACUGCCUCCGCCGCGAAGUUCGAUAUUCCUAGGAUCGUGUUCCACGGAUUAGGGUUCUUCCCUCUCUGCGUUUUGGCCUCCGUGAGACAGUACAAGCCUGAGGAGAAAGUCUCAUCUUACACAGAGCCUUUUCUGAUUCCCAAUUUUCCUUGUGAGUUGACCCUCACAAAGCUGCAAUUGCCUCAAGUCCCUCAGCAUGACAAGGUUUUCUGCAAAUUGUUGGAUGAUUCCAACGAAUCAGAAGUGACAAGCUAUGGAGUAAUCGCCAACAGCUUCUAUGAACUUGAACCGGUUUAUGCUGACUAUUACAGGAACCAGCUUGGAAGAAAAGCAUGGCAUUUGGGUCCUGUUUCUCUAUGCAACAGGGACAGUGAAGAAAAAGCAAGUAGAGGAAGAGAAGCAGCGAUUGAUGAACACGAGUGUUUGAAGUGGCUUCAGUCAAAAGAACCAAAAUCGGUUGUUUAUGUUUGCUUUGGCAGCAUGACAUCUUUCCCUGAUGCUCAGCUUAAGGAAAUUGCAAUGGCUCUGGAGGCUUCAGGGCAACCAUUCAUCUGGGUUGUGAGGAAAGGUGAAGGUGAGAAAUUGGAGUGGCUACCAGAAGGGUUUGAAGAAAGAAUGGAAAAUAAGGGACUAAUCAUAAGGGGUUGGGCACCCCAAGUGAUGAUUUUGGACCAUGAAGCUGUUGGAGGGUUUGUGACUCAUUGUGGGUGGAACUCUGUUUUGGAAGGAGUGUGUGCUGGGUUGCCAUUUGUGACUUGGCCAAUGUAUGGGGAACAGUUUUAUAAUGCAAAGUUUUUGAGUGAUGUGGUGAAAAUUGGAGUGGGUGUUGGGGCAAACACGAUGAUUGGAAUGGGAGGAGAGCCUGUGAAGAAGGAUGUGAUAGAGAAUGCAGUGAAGAGGAUUAUGGCAGGGGAAGAAGCAGAGGAGAUGAGAAACAGAGCAAAGGAGCUUGCAACGUUGGCAAGGAAAGCUGUUGAUGUUGGAGGAUCAUCUUCCAAUGAUUUUAACUCUUUGAUUGAGCAGUUGAGGUCGCGUUCACAUUGAUGUUAGCAUGUAGAAACACUUGUUUGUAAUAUGUAGAUCGUUUUUUCUAAUCAUCAUGAAUAAAUUUCCAACUCCUAGACCAAAACAUGGUGUUCUCUAGCAUGAAGUAGCAAGCAAAGUGCUAGACCAAUAUUUA